GCGAAGUCUAACGAGCAGCCGAAUCGGGAAGAGAUCUACGCUAAAGUUGUCGAAGUACUACAGCCAGAAGUCAAUAAGCUUUUGCAGUUCAUGUAUUUCCAGAACAAGGCAGUAAAGCGGUUCUGCGAAGAGGUCAAGAGAUUAUGUCAUGUCGAGAAACGCAGGGACUUCGUCAGCGAGGCAUAUUUACUGGCUUUGGGAAAGAUGAUCAAUAUGUUUUCAGUUUUGGAUGAGUUGAAGAACAUGAAGGCGUCGAUCAAGAACGAUUACUCGACUUAUCGCCGGGCGACACAGUUUCUUCAAGUAAUGUCGGAUAGCCACACGUUGCAAGAGUCACAGAACUUAUCGAUGUUUCUCGCGACGCAAAACAAGAUCAAAGAGAGCCUGCGAACUCAGCUGCAACAGAUCGACAAUUUCGAGGAACUAAUCGCUGAUGUAGUGAAUAUAUCCGCUUACUGCUUCGAGAACCGCAUGUACGUUACUCCUUCUGAGAAACACAUGCUUCUAAAAGUAGGUCACAGCAUUUGA